GUUGGUUACUUUAACCCCUCUCUCCUACUCAACAGUUCUAUAGAACCAUAAAACUACCGAUCAAAAAUAUGGCGGACGCUCAGAAAAAAAUGCAGGCGCUCUCGGAUGAGUUCCAGCAAUUGCAGACUGAACUCGACGGUCUUGUCGAUGCGCGCCAAAAGCUCGAGUCCCAGCAACAAGAGAACCUGGGCGUACAGAAGGAAUUCGACACGCUCGAUGACGAGUCCAACAUUUAUAAGCUGAUCGGUCCGGUCCUCUUGAAGCAGGAUAAGACUGAGGCUGUCAUGGCUGUCAAUGGACGGUUGGAGUUCAUUGAGAAGGAAAUUAAGCGGAUCGAGGGACAAAUCCAGGAGAACCAGGACAAGUCGGACAAGAAACGUACUGAGAUUGUUCAGUUCCAAACCCAGGUUCAGCAACAAGCCGCCGCUGCUUCUGCUUGAGUGGUGGAGGAUGGUAUAAUGAGUUAGCUCUAGACUGAGGAUGAACCGCCCCCCCACACUUCCUAAGCGUGGUAGGGACCUGUGCAUCAGAACGACGGACCUGGAUGCACUCGCAUUGUCGGUGGUCUUGCGGGUUGAUGCCUCAGCAACUGUGCAGCACAGUUGCAUUCAAUUCGGACAGCGAUGUAGAGAGACGAUCGGUGAGAUCUCCAGUGUAGGACCUUUACCAGCCUACUCUUCGUUGUCGAUGGAAAAAGUAUGUGGUUUUAGAUACCCUUGCAAUGAUUCAGUUUUGUGGUUUCUUACCUCUUCCUCAAUCGAUCACCGGUGGGAUUGCCCCCAAAAGGGACAGAAAGAACCAUCAUAUCGCUCAAGGUACGGAGUAAUAUUACUGGGUUCCAGGGAGCUAUCAAUCUAAUAUCCCAGUUGUUCUAUGUGUGCAACCAAUCACCCUCCUACAAUUC